ACAUACCUAAUGCUUGAGCACUGGCGGGUGACGUAGGUUGUAGGGUUGUGGAUUGACGUUGCAGGGUCUAUCACCCACAAGCCUCCAGCUCGGCAAUCAGUCUUCGGACGAGGGACAAUCAAGACAGAACUUCUGACGCUGGAGUCGUGAAUUCAAUCCGAACUAUUCUCGAUUAACCAUUCAAAGCCAGUGUUUUCGCACCAUUUGGGACCGUAAAACGAAAUAUCGCAUCUCAGGAUCUGACCAGCCAUAUUGCGCUCACGAAGAAGAUGUUUCAUGCCUGAAGCACUGCAGCUUUUGUGCAUUCCCAACUGAUAAGAAAAACAAGAAGAAAACAAAUCUCCAAGCCAGGGCACUGCAACAUGGCCAGCCUCCAGGUCGAUCCAUUCCAUCUCCACAUGGGCCAAGUUCCUUUCAAGGGCUCCAUGAAGAGACACAGCAGGGAGAAACCACAAGAAGCCACACCCAUUAAAAAACGCAUAAUGGCUACAAUGAGCCCAAAGUCGAGAAAGGCCUCUGACUGUUUCCCCAAAACCAUCAGCAUCAAGACAGAGAGAGUGGACGAGGAAGAGCUGAUGGACCACCAUCCAGCACUGAACUCUGGUCAUAGCCUGGCUUACACCCACUUCCCUUUGCUGAAGAAUGGGGGAGUGUUGGAUCUCAGUCCCGGCCUGAGGCACACCUUGGCCCAGUUCACAUUGAGCAGCCAGUGCUCUCUGGGCGGCCCUGCCACUUUCUCAGGCCACUACAGCCACGCUAAGGACACCUCUCUCCAGUCUCUGGGCGGCGGUGCUGCGGGUGGCGGACCCCUCCUGGUGGCCCCGGACAGCUCUACGGAGCUGACCCUCUGCUCUCUGGAAGGGGAGCCCAUCUCCUGCUUCUCCGUUGGGGGCGAGUGGCGUCUGUGCCUGCCCCAGGUGCUCAACACGGUGCUGAGAGACUUCUCUCUGCAGCAGAUCAACGCCGUGUGCGACCAGCUCUACGUCUACUGCUCGCGCUGCGACGCGGCCCAGCUCCACGUGCUCAAGGUCACGGGGGUCCUGCCCCCGGGGGCCCCGUCCUGCGGGCUCAUCACGCUCACAGACGCGCAGCGCCUCUGCAACGCACUGCUGCACCCGGGAGACACGGCACCCAAGGACCGGGACGAGGGCGAGAAGGAGGGCAAGGACGCUGGCGGGUUCUGGGUGGAGCACCAGUGCCUGGGGAAAUGCCAGGGCGUGUUUGUGCCCCGUCUGUACGCCGCCCCCGACGCGCCGUGCGUGCGCUGCGCCCAGUGCCGCGUCCUCUUCUCCCCCAAGAGGUUCGUCAUGCACUCCCACCGGCGGCCGGACAAACGCACCUGUCACUGGGGCUUCGACUCAGACAGGUGGGCCUGCUACUUGCAGCUGGGGCGCAAACACGUCGGGUCACCUGACGAAGAGCAAUACCAGCAGCUGUUGGAGAAAAUGAAGGAGAAAUUCCCCAACCUCCACCAACUGGAGAAGAAAACACUCAACAUUGACGCUGCCAAACCCAAGAUUGAGUUAGAUCUGGGUUCCAUGAGGGAGGAGCAUGUUGAGACAGACGCAGAUGGAAAGGCAGCGCCUCAGCCUGUCUUUGCCCUUGACAGCCAGCUCUAUCCCCACAUGAAAGGCAACCCAAGCCACCUUGACAUCAUGCAGCACAGUUUGCUGUUGUAUAUGCAGAAUAAGCUUAAUGGUCUCAACACAGCUCUGGUUCCUGAAUUUGGACUUGUAGAAGAAGGGGGUCUUCUGAGUGUUGAGAUGCUCCGAGCUAUCCUUAGCCCUGAGAAUAAACAACAUUCUCUGGAUGAGAAAAGCUCCAUUUGCAAGAUGCCAACUACAACUGAGCUUCUGCCAAGCAAUGGGCCUGCCGUCCAAUCACAGCGGGGAUGCCCAGACAAGGAGCUGGCAGAGAGUAUCUCCAUAGAAACGACGUCGCUGCGUGGGAAGAGUGUUGGCGGGGGUGGGGGCGGGGGCGGGGAGGACAGCAGGGACAGCAUGGUGAUGGAGGUGCUCCAGCUGUACACCGCCCAGCAGCAGAGGCUCCAGACCACCCUGCACAAGCAGAAGCAGCUAGAGAAGGAGCUGGAGGUGUUGCGUCAGGCUGAGGUGGCAGAGCAGUGCGACCCGCAGGGCAGGCUGGAGGCGGCGCAGACUGAGCACGUUCUGAGACAGCGGCGGCGGCCGGGGAGCUGUCUGGAGCUCCUCCGUCAGCACACCUCCACACACAGAGCAGAUGGCGCCGAGGCGCUGCCAGACAGCCAUUACUCCGCCGAGCUGCUCGAGCUCCGCAUGAGGCUGGAUCGCGCUGAAGAGGACCGUGAAGAGCUCCAGGAGGAGCUGCGUCGGGAGCGCCACGCCAGGGAGAAACUGGAGCGCACCAUCGCAGAGCUCCAGCACCAGAUGAGGGGCUCCGAGGCCCAGACGGCCCAGACCCCAGACACCCCAGAACUGCCCCUCCUGACACCGCCCAGUAACGACCCACAGACACCCAGGACCCCCUAG